CAUGUUCGCCCUAUUUUUCAGUCCAUUGCUGCUAAAGCUGACAACGAACCAUGCUGUGAUUGGGUCGGUGAGACUGGUGCAGGACAUUAUGUUAAAAUGGUUCACAAUGGCAUCGAAUAUGGUGAUAUGCAACUUAUUUGUGAGGCAUACCACUUAAUGAAAGAAGGUCUUGGGCUUACGCAUGAUGAAAUUGGUGAUGUCUUUGAAGAAUGGAAUAAGGGUGAACUUGAUUCCUACUUAAUCGAAAUUACCAGAAAUAUUGUUAGAUAUAAAGAUACAGACGGUAUACCUUUAGUUGAAAAAGUUAAGGAUUCCGCAGGGCAGAAAGGUACUGGAAAAUGGACCGCCAUAUCUGCUCUUGAUCUAGGUGUUCCUGUUACACUUAUAGGAGAAGCUGUUUUCUCUCGUACACUUUCUUCCCUGAAAGAUGAACGUAUUCGUGCAAGUAAAUUAUUAAAGGGCCCUGAAAACGCAAAGUUUUGUGGAGAUAAAAAAACUUUUAUCAAGCAGUUGGGACAAGCAUUGUAUGCCUCUAAAUUGAUUUCUUAUGCUCAAGGAUUCAUGUUGUUACGUGAAGCUGCCAAAGAUAACAAGUGGAAUUUGAAUUAUGCUGGAAUCGCGUUAAUGUGGCGUGGUG